AUGUGCUCAAGGCCUUUCCGGCCUCCAUCGGUAGCAGCUUCGAGUCCAUCGGAGGCCAUGGGGCACGGCAGCACGGAGCCCACGCAGAGAGGCUACGCCCACGAAUGGUUGGGCGACGGAGAGAGCAGACGAGAGAUGAUGAAGCACAUGGACGUGCAGAAGGAUGCUUUCGAUGCCCUCGAGCCUCCCUCGCGGCCUCCAAUGCCAACCUUUGGUGGCAGAGUCUCCGUGCAGGUGCCUUCGCGGCCUCAGCCACCUCUUCCGGAAGACACAGACACUUCCAGUGGUGAUGAGAUCUGUUUCUCUGGAAAUCCACUGUUGGCUACCGAGCAAGCGGACACUGCGCUCAAGGUCUCCUCCAGCUCUUCAAGAGAGAUGCAGGAGGCCGUCAGGAGCCCAGAGCCGUCCAAGGAGGCGCGCCUGGCGGCUGCCCGCGCGCACAUGCAGACCUUGGGAUGCUCCAAGAAGGAACGCAAGGACCCACAACCAGCCGCUGCUGACGGGAACAAGGGUUCUCCGAAGGUUGAGCUGCGGGAGCUUCGGGUAGAGCUUGGAAGCAGUGGCCUCAGCGGCCCCAGUGGCCCAGACGUUUCGAUGCUUCCCCCCAGCGUCUUCAAGAAGACGGAGAUUCCAAUGCCUUCGGCUGCCAGAGACCUUGAUCCUUCGGGGUCCGAGAGCGAGGCUAGUGACGGGGAGUCUCAGGCCGAGUGCCGUAGCUGGUGGGCACAGUUCUUCCGUUUGAGAUGCCUUCAAACACCUGGAGCCGCCAGCCUCUGCGUGUCUUUGGCGCGGAUGGGGUUGCAAGAUGCAGACCUCCCGUCGGUGACGGCCAGCCUCGACCGACUACUCGAAGACCUUCGCGGGGAACGGCUCGAUGCCCUUGCCGAAAGCAGUGAGAACCUGCACAGGCCGCCAGUACGCGUUCUGCUCGAGGUUGACUUCUCAGACAAUGGCAUCUCGGAUUCGGGCGCCGCCUUUCUUUUCCGCUGGCUGCUGCGCCGUCGCAAGGAAGUCCGGUGCCGCAUCAUCCGCCUGGCUCGCAACAAGCUGGGGGAUGCAUCGUUGGAGUGGCUCGCAGCCCUCAUCUGCGCCCAGCACUCUGCAAUAGAGGAGAUGCACCUCGCUCAGAAUGCCAUCACGGCUUCCGGAGCUGGGCAGCUGCUUCUCGCCCUGGCCCUGCAUCCCUUUGAGGCCUACCCCUGGCUGGACAAGCGCGGCUUCUUUGCGCCCGCCUGGGUCAGCCUGGACCAGAACAACGUGCAGGAGGCGGCCGGCUUGCUGGGCCGUCUCAGGCUGCGCGCAGGUCUGAGGGCCGUGUGCACCGAUGGCCCGCAGCGGAAGAACAGCUUCAAUGAAGCGCCCCAUGUACAGUUGGGUAGCAGCUUCCUGGGUUCUGUGGCCUUGUCGAAGCCUUCGGUCCUGCCUCUGGCCUUGGAGAAGGUUUGUGCAGGUGGCUCCUGGCCGCCUCUUCCUGAAAUGAAGAAGCCACUGCCGCAGCUGCCUCCUACGUCCAGCUCGUCUGCACAGAGUUUUCGGACGGCGCCGGCGCAGACUUUCCGCAGAGAGCUUCUGGUGGAUGAGGAGGAGGGAGCUGGUCUGCAGCUGGAGACUGUGACCCAAGGCCUUAGAAUUUGCGAAAUCGCGGAGAUUCCUGGCCAACCCGGUCUACAUACUGAAGACAUCAUCGUUGCAGUGGACGGGCUCCCCUUGUGGUGGUCUGCGUGUGAGCACGACGUGAAGGAAGCAGACCAGGCGGAAGGGGAGAGUGAUGACGACGCCCCAAGUGCCCGAUUCAGGGCUCGGUUUCGCCGCGGUGCUCGCUUGGAUGUGUUCCGUCAGAAGGCUCCUGAAGUGCAUUUGGUGCAACAGCCGGCCCCGACGGGACUGGGGCGGCGAGCCCGCUUUUGCUGCCCGAUCUGUUGGGACUCCUUCGAAAGGUGGAACGACUGCCUCCAGCAUCUGCGUGAGCUGGGGCAUGAGCCAGAGCCACCUCCGGACCAGCGGCUCGAGGAGUCGGCGGCUUGCCUGCGGAGGUGGAUGUCAACUUGCAUGUCGGCGGCUCGGGGUGAGCUGCCACGCCCACCAGCCAAAGCUGAAGCCAGGAAGGCUCCCACUGAGGAGAAGGCGGAAACGCUGCUUCUUCCGGCGCCCAUCGGUUUCUAUGGCCAGCGAAACCGCUCAGUUGCGGAGGCGCUGGCCGAAGAGAUCUCCCGCUUCGGCGCGGAGCGUGGCUGCACAAUCUGGAUGCUUCCAGAUGGGCUAAGAGCGCAAUGCCCGCAGGGCCCCGAAUCUGCAAGCAAGAUCGCUUCAAUUGCUGCUGACCUGCUCGAAAUCUUGCACUUCUACCUCCCGGACGUCGCUGAUGGUGCUGAUUCCGGCGCCGGCUUCGCACCGAUUCCUGCCGAGCACGCUGCGGAGCAAGCUGCGGAGCACGCUGCGGAGCUUGCAAUUCCGCUGGACUGGUACGGGUGGCUCGAGCACAUGCUGCAGCAACAGGCCGAAGAGGCUCGAGGCGCCGAAGGUGCGCUCGAGGCCCCGUCUCUGCGCGCCGAGGCCCCGCCUUUCGUGCCGCAGCAGCAGGCGGCGGAUCUAGCGGGCCUGCGGCUUCUGGUUCUUUGUGGACUGCCCGGAAGCGGCAAGAGCACCACAGCACAGCGAUUGGGGCAGGGUGGCUGGGUUGUCGUGAACCAGGACUCGCUUGGCUCCCGACAGGCCUGCAUGAAAACAGCCAGGGCCGCCUUGAAGCAGCAGGGCCGUGUGGUGGUUGAUCGCUGCAACGUGAACGCAGCGCAGAGGGUAAUUUGGACGCAGCUGGCAGUUCAGGAGUUCGACUUGCAACCUGACCAGAUGGGCUGCGUCUGGCUUGAUGUGCCUGACCACGAAUGCGGUCGCCGCGUGCUCCAACGCUUUGGGCACAAUACACUGCCGCCGCGAGAGGCAUCCUUGAAGGUGAUCCGAGGCUUUGCGAAAAAAUGGCAAGCGCCAUCCGCAGAGGAGGGCUUUGCGCACCUCUGGCGGAUAGCCUCCGACGUGGAUGCAGAGGUGUUUUGGUCGGAGAUGGCAGCUGCCGGGCAAACCGGGCAAGCCAACAUGGAUUUCCGUGCCGAGGACUGGAGUCGCUUGCUGGUGCUAUGCUGUGCUAUGCCAGUGCUGUAG